CGUGGUUUAAAAAUUGCUCUCUUGGCAUAAGCGUGCGGGAGCCAGGCUCACUUUUACCGCCGCUGACGCUGUCAAAAACGUUGUGGCUUCAGCAGUAACGACAGCGAGCCCCCUCCCUGCGCCGGGCUGCCGGGUCACCCGCUCCGUGUGAGAAAUUAAACGCUGAUAAUCCAUUAGCUUCAUCUUCCCCGCUUACGCGAGAGUGAUGAAGACUUGCUAAUUAAUUUACAUGCGAGGGAAUGAUCUCUGAAGGAAGGAAAAAAUACCCCGUUGCACCUGCUCCGCCGAGACUUGUCAUCUGAAUCUGGAGAAGAGCUAUAAAUCAUGUAAAGUGUUCGCGGUGGAGUCGGCUUCUGAGAGCUGUAGGAUUAUGUAUCCAAAUGCUGAAUUUAUAUUUCCCACUAGGAAAAGACUGAAACUCAGAUGCUUCAGAAACUUGCUGUGUGUUUACCACGGGUUCUGCCAAGCAACUCAAGAGGGGACUUACCUACUCUUUCAUUAGUCAAGCAUAACAUUAUCUUGAACUAAUUAUUCCUCUCCACAUGGCCUUCCUACUAGUGUCAGCUUAUCUUCUGCUGACUCAUGCUCAGGGUGCUCCUGUUGAGAAUGGGGCACUGUUGGAAACACUGAAGUCACAAGUAGGAUUAUUCAGCAAUAAAAGUGAACACUAUUCAGCACAGGUGAGACCUCCUGGCACAAGCCGGCAAAUACCUCAGACAAUAAUCAUAGGAGUUCGUAAAGGAGGGACAAGGGCUUUGCUGGAAAUGUUGGAUAUUCAUCCUAAUAUUGUGGUUGCAGCUACAGAAGUCCACUUCUUUGACUGGGAUGAAAAUUAUGUGAAAGGAAUAGACUGGUAUAGAAGUCUGAUGCCAUUUUCUUAUGGAAAUCAAAUUACAAUUGAGAAAACACCAGGCUAUUUUACAUCACCACAGGCUCCAGAAAGAAUUCAUGACAUGAAUAGCUCCAUUAAACUGCUGCUCAUUCUAAGAGAUCCCACUGAGAGAGUUAUAUCUGAUUAUACCCAAGUAUAUUACAACAGAGUAGAAAGCCACAAGCCUGUUCAGCUUUUUGAAGAUAUUGUUAUUAAGAAUGGAGCACUUAAUACCAAAUACAAAGCUAUUCAGAGAAGUCUAUAUGAUGUUCAUAUGGAAAAGUGGCUUAAGCAUUUCAGUCUGGAUCAGAUUCACAUCGUGGAUGGCAAUACUCUAAUCAAGGACCCUCUUCCUGAACUACAAAAAGUUGAAAGAUUUCUAAAUCUUCCUUCCCGAAUUGUGUCUUCUAAUUUUUAUUUUAACCAAACCAAGGGAUUCUACUGCAUUAGAAGUGAUGGAAGGGAGAGAUGUUUACAUGAAUCCAAAGGGCGUCCCCAUCCUCUUGUUAACAACACUGUUUUAGAGCAACUGUAUUCUUACUUCAGAGAGCACAAUGCAAAGUUUUACAGAAUGGUUAAUCAUUCCUUUGACUGGCAUUAAUGCAUUUGGAAUCAACAUUUCUUAAAAAGGGCCUGAAACAAACUCAUUCAGACAUAUCUUUCUAAACUGUAGAGAUUCGUAUUAUGAGGACCUAUCAUACUGGUUAUAUGCUUCAUUGGAAUAACACAUCUGAUAACUCAUGGAAAUGGUACCCUUUCUGUUUGGAAAAAUAAGUUUCACGUAUUUGUAUGAUUACUAUGAGUCAUUUUCUGAUCUUCUUUCUCUCAUCAUGCAAAUACAUUAACUUCAACAGACUUAUUUCAGAUAUGUACCUGUUACAAGAUUUGUGCUGGUUUGGAAAAAUUACUGCAUCUAACAGUGUAAAAAAUGUAAAUAUUUGAAAUGGUAUUAUUCUAACUGUUCUGUAUUUUUUGUUGUAUUUUUUAUAUCACGCACAAUGAUAGAGGCGUUGAUUUCUAGAAUUUUUCAUACAAUAAGUUCAAUUGUAUGUUAAAACAGGGGCAUACAUAGUGGCUCCAAUAAAUAAUUCAUCUUCUGUUAAUAUGCCAAAGUUCUGAAUCAAUUAAUAAUAAAAGGAAUCUAUUUCACCUGUGAGUUGACUAGGUGAACUAGAAGCUCCCUGUCUGUAUAUCAUUACUAUUAAACCACACUCUUCCUAUCUUGGGUUUGAAAGAAAAAAAUUUCCAAACAAAAUAAGAAUAUCAGCUGUUUGAAGAAGCUUUAAGUGUGAGUUCUGAAUGUAAAGAAAUUAAAAUAUCCCAGGCAACCUCAAUUUAUACUGUUAUUCUGUACACUAAAAAAAAAAAAAAAAAAAGCAAAAAAGCUAUUAAUAUCAGCAACUGUACAAAUAUUUGAUUAUAUAAAUUAUAUCACUUUGCUCUUGAAUGGAAAAGCUCUUCAUUAGUACUAGCAUAUCAAUCAUGUCUGUAUUCUGUGACUAGUUAUUCUAUUGCUCUCCUGGCUUUAGUUUACAUAUCUCCAUUGGCACAUCGAUUCUUGUUUAAAAAAAUAUUUGCUUGCCCUCCAAAGCAUGGAGUAUUUUUAUUUUGUUAUUUCUAAUGCAGAUCAUGGGAUGUUCUCAAAGUUAAAAUAACAUCUUGUUAUACUGUAUAUCUCAGACACAGUGUUCAAUAUGCUAAGUAUGACAUACUCAGAUUAUAUAUAAAACCCACACCCAUCUAUACCCCUGCAUUACGAAUUUUUUUAAUAUUUUUUGUUUGACAGUAUUGUGCUGGUGUGUUCUCCUUUUUUCAUGUAAACAUUUUAUUAUAUAUCAAUACCAAAGAAGAAAAUCAACUUGAAGUGUUAAAUAUGGUGCCAGAUAGAACUACAGAUGCAGAUGUGCUUGUCUGAAGUUGUACCUUGCAAUCCAGACACUCUGGUGCCCCCUCGGUAGAAGCAUUCAUUAGGUGCAUUCCUCUUCAAGCUCCUCAGGACACUGAGAGCUGUAGCUGUGUGGGCCCACUCUGAGAAUCGCAGCAUCAAACUGCACCUAAGCCUGGUGAGGAUCCUGAAUCUGUGUCCUGUCUAAGCCACUGCUCAGCCUAUAGGAGUUUAUGUUCCUAAUGUGGGAUUCAGUCUUCCACUUCACAGGCUAAAAGGCAUCAAGUCUUUCUCCUUCUUCUCUGAAGUUUACAGCUAAUCUUUAAAUGAGUUGAAUGCAGGAACACCAGUUGGCAGAGGCUGUAUGCAUCUUUGAAAAUGUGGGUCCCUUUCUGGAAUUUACAUUUCAAG